CAACCGUCAACGAGUGAUCUGUGUGUUUCGUGAAAUAUCUUCGAGCCUAUGUGACAAGUUCCCCACUCAUGUUGGAGACUUGGGUCAACCCGAAUGCACCGGAUGUGGUUCUGGAGGUAGGACCACAUCCUUGCAGCACGCGUUUCGCUGCACAUUCAUCUGUAUUAGCUACACACAGUGGAUAUCUUCGCGCUGCUCUUCAAAGGUAUGAAUCACAGCAUACCAGCACAAUUGCCUCGUUACGAAGAGUGCAACACCAUUCUAAUGGGGCAGCAAUUGGUGUACCAUCUGAGUUGUGUGCAUUACCUGCUACUAAUACAGCCACAUGUUUGUUGUAUUUGCCAAACGUAUCUCCCGAGCAAUUUAGUCCGUUACUGUCGUAUAUGUACACCGGGUACCUGGACCUCUCGAUGGACAACAUUUUUGGUGUACUCCUAGCUACUCAUUUACUACAUAUGCCACGGGCUUUGGAACUUUGCCGAACGUAUCUCUCUUCAUCCGCUAGUACUACCAACCCAUCUACUUCCACCACGCUUUUAGAACCAUUGCAGCGCAAUUUUUUCAUCGCAAAAACUGAACCAUCCGCUACUCCUACGUUCUCAGUAGCCAACGGAGCUUCAAGAUUAGUUAGGCCAAUUGCAAGCAAACCAAUGGCCACCAUCGGAUUGAAUUUUAUAGUACCACCUGCCGCAUCUCAGAUUAAUCUUCUACCGAGUGCACCAUUUAGAAGUCUUGGGACUAGCGUGCUGGACAUAGAUAUCCAGCCCAGAUAUCCAGAAGAGGUAGAUAAUGAAACUCACUCUCCUUCACAAAGUCCCAUAAGUGUAACUCGUUUUGAAGAAGAAAGCAGAACGUCCUUAACAACUCAAAAUACUUCUGCGUUGGAAGUUGAUGUUAACAACAUUGAUUUCAUGUGUGACGAAAAUAUAACUAAACCAAAUGAUCUUAAGCAUACAGAUGAUAAUAAUGCAGAACUAUCUGGUUCAUUGGAUAAUGAGAACCUUGCGAAUAAAUGUAACCCUCAGACUGGUUUCACUAAACGGCAAAAAUCCCAACAAGACACUGUUAAUGACAGUACAAACAGUGUUAUUAUUGAUAUUGCUAGUUGUGAUGGACCUGUGCGUUUUCGCCGAGUGUUGAAUGUCAUGUACGGUUGUAAUACAAAUAAUCACAGUAUAGAUUGUGCUGACACAGAGGACGCACCGUACUUAGCCGAAACAGAAACUAAUGUAAAAAAACGAAGUAUCCGCUCUUUACGAUAUGCUUCAUCAUUUCAUCAACAGAUGGCGCGCAACAUCAGUAACACUGGAAAGCUCGCGUAUGAAAGCACGUCAUCGUCAUCGACCGGUAGUUGCCAAAAAUUUCAAAGUCAACAAACGCAACUGCAGACAGUUGCUGCCACGCCAUGUGCAGGACAACAGGAAAAGGAUCCAAAGGAUGAAAACAGUCAAGGAGAUGUAACACCCGAUAACGUCGAACAUGUUACCGAUGCUGAAGGCAAUUCAAACUACACUUGCGUAUAUUGCAAGCAUUCUUUUAAAUCCCAUUAUUGUUAUCAAAAGCAUGCUAAAAGACAUUUAAUACCUCUUUGCUUGGACAACAGACCGACACCAUACUCCGAUGCGACAAAAAUUAAAACAGUUGUAACUGCCCAGCCUAGGUCAUAUGAUGCACGUCGUCGUACACACCAAAAUCCCACCAGCAACAACAAUACGAUCAGAAGAGAAGUGAAACCUCUUGACAUGAAUGUGCAGUAUUAUCCAUGCAAAACUUGCGGUAGCAAGUUUCCAAGUUACUAUUUUGUGCAUAAGCAUAGAAAACUGUGCCAUACGGAGGAAGAAGAUGAUAAUCACAGUGCAAAUGCUACAUCUCAUAACACAUCUGCACAUGUUUCCAAACAGAGCAAUGAAGCUUUACAAAGAGAACAAGCUAGCGCUGAACCAGUAAAACAGUCCGACUUGCUUGCGAAUGUAGAUCACUCACCACAUCAAAUAGAACAACAUUGACAAACAUAAUGAGAACUUUUAGACGUAACUAAACUUAAACUAACUAAUUAAACUAACAUUAAAUUUAAUUCUGCCAUUUUCACAUCUUUAGUAACAUAUCACAAAUAUUUUGGACCAAGAAUAUCACAUACACACACACAUCACACAUUAUGAACACGUAGUAAGAAAACUAAAACAGAUAUAUUUUAUCUCUAGCUCAGAUUUACUAUUUGAGAUCACAAUUGCAUUUAUGCGUAGCUAUAUGAUGAAAAAAUAUCCAAAAAGUAACCCAAUGUAAUUACCACCAGUUGUGAAAUCAAAUCGCGCUUCGAUAACUCAUUCUCAAUAUGUACUAAGAUUGUGUUGUUUAACAAAUGCCGCAUUUUUUUACACUCCAACAGAUAAAAUGUCAUAAUAAUUGAUAAUAAGUCAAUAUAGUUACUGCUGUUAAGCAAAGCAUUUAAACACCAGAUGAAAGAGAU